AGGAAAACCGGUAAAUAAAAAGCCAGGGCAGAAGAAAGGAAAAAAUAAAAAGCCUGACCAGAAAAAAAAUAAUCGUAAGAGACCGGGACAAAAACGACCAGGAUCCAAAAAGCCAGGAGGGAAAAGACCCGGUAAGAAAGGCCCUGGAUUGAAAAAGCGUGGACCUCAACUGAAAGCAAUGAAUAAUUCCUUAACUGUCAUCGAGGGGUCCCUUGCUGUUUUGAGAUGCACUGCACGAGUGCCCGCAGGUGGUGGUCAGCCAAUCAUCAGCUGGUAUCGAUCAAGCAAAUUGAUUGGCUGUUCCGACAAGAAGAACUCAAAAUGCUCUUCAGUUAAGCCUUAUCUUAUCAACUACAACAUUGGAAGUGGUAAAAGAAAAAGAAGUACGUCUUAUUUAAAGAUUAAGAAAACCAAACGCGCUCGUGAUAAGGGUAUUUAUGUGUGUACGGCACGUAACAAACAUGGGACAUCUCGCGUGACCAUUCGACUAACGAUUAAGAAACGUCGUUCUUCAUAGGCCACGCAGCUAGCAGGAAAGAUCUGUCCAUACUAGUUUUAAAGGUGACGAUUUGUAGAAGAGGUGGGUAACAAGAUUUUUAUAGUGAAGGGAGGGUUGAGGAGGAGAGGGAAGUACUCUAGCUAAUAAUAGAAACAUCCAAAGGACCGAACAUUAUACACGGUGCCUGCAAUGUCACAUCUAUGACCAAGAAACCUUUACUGCAACCAAUCACGCUGAUCAACACGUAUUUCAUUAGUAUGACAAGUGGUCGCUUCUCAAUGAUCUAAAUCUUUUUUUGUGAAGGUUUCCCGUCACUAUUGAUGUGAAAAAAAAAGUGUGACCAAGGUGCGACGCUGUUAUGACUGGCACACGACGCGGACAUUGGGCGGAAUAUUCACAUGCACAAGACACGGGGGGGGGGGGGGGGGGG